CAAUUUGUUGCUAGGAAAAAUAUUGUCACUAGUAAUGUAUAUGCUCCUUGUACCGUACCAGUACUGCUGACAGUCAGGAAGAAGCAGGUUGCCCAUCUAAAGAAAUUGGGUUGAACAAGAGCAGUUCUUAUAACAGGGUGCACUUUCAUCUCUAUAAUGAAGAAAAGCAGAAGUGUCAUGACAGUAACUGCAGAUGAGCAUGCACUGGAUUACCUGGAGUGUGGCCUGAGCAAGUCCUACAGUACUUCUAGCCAUGCUCUGGGCAUAGACCUCUGGAGAGGAAGAAGGUGUUGCUCUGGUAAUUUGCAGUUACCACCACUAUCCCAAAGACAAACAGAAAAAGCAAGGACGCCGGACAGAGACAUCAUCUCUAGACCAACGACUCUGCCUUUGUUGACACCUCCAAGUAUUGCAAUCACUGCUUACCAAGACUGGGUGAAACAGAUUGCCCUGUUGGCUGUUCAGCAUGCGAGCAAUUCAGUCAUCUCUCUUUCUGCCUGGAGUAACAUCUUUAAGGUUUUAGUACGCCCUUGCUCCUAG